UGAGAUGGUGAUUGGAAGCGAUAGAGGAAGGAUUUAGGCUGAGCAUUAACGAAAGAGAAGAGAGAGAGAGAGAGAGAGAGAGAGAGAGAGAGAGAGAGAGAGAGAGAGAGAGAGAGGAUGAGGUCUCUCCUUCUUUCCGUCCUCCAGCAUCCCGUCUGAAGCGGCGCUCGCGAGGAAGAGCAGCAGGACGAGGAGGAGGAGGAGGAGAGGAAGAGGCAGGACGAGGACGACGGGGGUGGGCACCAAAGUGCACAUUUUGCUACUUUUCACACCCGAGGACUUGGCUGCUCUUCUUCCGCAUGUCGGACCCCUCCGGGAAGACACUUGAGUGAGGACAAGAACGACGAGAAAGUGUCAGGCGGGACGAGGAGGAAGAGGAGGAGUAUGACGGGCGGUGAGGACGAGAGCGGACGGACAGGGGACGGGGGUCUUUGAAGGGAGGUGUGGGGCCAGGGGGGAGUUGUGUACACUCCGGCGAAGAAAAGUGCUGAGCUGUCCCACGGAUGCGCUCGGCGAGUAAGUGACGACCACACCAUCAUUUUCCACAUCCACACUUGCUUUCAUUCUCACAAAAUGAGGAAGGGUUGACUUUUUUUUUGAUUGCGCACUUUGCAGUGCAUUACGGUACACGUCUCCAGCUGUGUGGACGGACCUCGUUUCCUAACUUUAUUCCAUACGUCCAGGAGAGGAUGAAGAUGUUCAAACUUGUCUUGUGUCCCACCAGGACGGUCAGGCAGUGAGUCCUUGGGACCUUUGAGGCGCCCCAAGAGCAACACUAUGAUUCAGGCGCACGCCCGCGCCCGUCCCGGUCCAGUUCUGUGCGCGCCGCCGCCCGUUUGCCUCAGGAAGACCUCCAUCCAGACUAGAAGAGGAGCGACGUGUCCCUCCGUCGGCGGACCCCUAAGAAGCAUUCGUCCGUAGGAAUCCCCGCUUCAUGCCCGUCGCCCCCCCGCUGAGCUCCGUGGCCCCCUCGCCCCGCGCCGGACGCGCGACCCCCGCCCGCCUGCCAUGCUCCUUCAGGCCGCCCUGCUGCUGCUGCACUGCUUGGCCUCCAGCCUGGGCCAGUACGAACUGUGCAAGUCCCUGGUGAGCACGGAUGACGGCUCAGUGUGGGAGCACUACGCCUGCCAGCCCAAAGCGGCGGCCAUGAAAGACCACAUGAGGAUCAAGGUGGACCCGCCCGGGAUCACGUGCGGGAACCCGCCCGAGAGGUUCUGCACCCUGGAGAACCCGUAUCUGUGCAGUGAUGAGUGUGAUGCCUCAAACCCAGACUUGGCACACCCUCCUCAGCUGAUGCAGGACCGCGAACGCAACGGUCUGAUAACCUACUGGCAGACGGUCACAUGGCGUCGCCACCCGGAGCCCUUGCUGGCCAACAUCUCCAUGUCGUGGAACAAGAGCUUGGAGCUCAGCGACGACAUCCAGGUCACCUUCGAGUACGGCCGGCCCACCAUCAUGGUCCUGGAUAAAUCCAUGGACCACGGGCGCUCUUGGCAGCCGUACCAGUACUUCGCCGACGACUGCCUCGACACCUUCAACAUGCCGCCGAAGCGCGUGCGUGACCUCUCGCCCGCCAACGUCACUCGAGUCAUCUGCACCGAGCAAUACUCGCGCUGGGUCGGCUCCAAGAACGACAAGAACGUCAAGUUCGAGGUGCGGGCGCGCUUCGCCGUGUUCGCCGGCCCGCGGCUGCAGAACAUGGACAGCCUGUACACGCGCAUGGAGAGUAUGAAGGGACUGAGGGACUUCUUCACCUUCACCAACCUCAGACUCAGGCUUCUCAGGCCCGCCCUGGGGGGCACGUACGUACAGAGGGACAACCUGCUCAAGUACUUCUACGCCAUCUCCAACAUCGAGGUACCUGCCAGGUGCAAGUGUAACCUCCAUGCCUCCCAGUGCCUGCUGCAGGAUGGCAACCUCCAGUGCCAGUGUGAACACAACACCACCGGGCAGGACUGCCAGCGCUGCAAGAAGGGCUUCAAGGCCAAGUCCUGGAAGGCCGGCUCCUACCUACCUACACCCAAUGGAACUCCCAACACAUGUUCCAUUGCUGGUUCGCCCUCCGGUUCUAACACAGCUUUCGUGUCCCGUAUGCAAGAGGAGACUUACGGCCACCAAGGUACUUUCUCAUUCGAGCAUGAGGAUGACCAAGAAGUUUCCCACAGUCCUGAGGGACACAUACAUGACACUCAUGGCCACAAACACUCAUUCUCAUCUGCGCAUGAGGGGGAAACGAGAGGUAUGUUUGAAAAGUUUAAAAGUCUGCACAAAAUUGUCGUGCUUAAAAAUAGAAACAUGCACUCUUGUGUUGCUCUGUCAAAAACAGUUUCCCAAAAGUCAGAGGGAAACGCGCAUGAGACUCAUGGCCACGAAGGUGCUUUCUCAUCUGAACACGAUAAUGACAGAAAAGUUCCCCGUGAGUCUUAUAAAGAUGCACAUGAGGCUCAUGGCCACAAAGUUACUUUCUCAUCUAAGCAUGGGGAUGAUGGAGAGGAUGAAGAAGACAGCCAAAUGAGAGCUUCCCACAAACAUGAGACUCAUGGCCACAAUUCUUUCACAUCUGAGCAUGAGAAUGACAGAGAAGCUUUCCACAAAUCUGUGGGGCAAGCACGCGAAACUAAUGGUCACACUACUUCCUCAUUUGGGCAUGAGGACAACAGAGAAGCUUUGCACAAAUCCGCGGGACAUGCGCGUGAGACUCAUGGUCGUGAAGGUAUUUCCUCAACUGAACAUGAGAAUGACAGAGAAGCUUCCCACAAGCAUGCUGGACAUGUGCAUAGGUCUCAUGGCUACACUACUUUCUCAUUCGAGCAUGAGGAUGACAGAGAAGAUUCCCGCAACUUUGAGGAACUCGCGCAUGAGACUCAUGGCCUCAAAGGUACUUCCUCAUCUGGGCAUGAGGUCAACAGAGAAGCUUUGCACAAAUCCGCGGGACAUGCGCGUGAGACUCAUGGUCGUGAAGGUACUUCCUCAACUGAACAUGAGAAUGACAGAGAAGGUGAGGAAGAAAACUAUCAAAGUCAAAUAAACUCCAAGAGUAGAGACGAUAGCGAGCUGCUUUCUAUUACGGAAAACACUCCUGUUUUGUUCUUCUAUGACCUAGCUUCCCACAAGCAUGCUGGACAUGUGCAUAGGUCUCAUGGCUACACUACUUUCUCAUUCAAGCAUGAGGAUGACAGAGAAGAUUCCCGCAACUUUGAGGAACUCGCGCAUGAGACUCAUGGCCUCAAAGGGACUUCCUCAUCUGGGCAUGAGGAUGACAGAAAAGGUGAGGAAGAAAACUGUCAAACUGACCAUAAUGAGCUGCCAUCAUAUAGAAAUCAUGUUUUGCUUUUUCAUGACGUAGCUUCCAACAAGUAUGAAGGACACGUGCAUGGGACUCAUGGCCACAGUACUUUCUCAUUUGAGCAUGACAAUGACGGAGAAGCUCCCCACAAAUCUGAGGGACAUGCACGCGGGAGUCAUGGCCAUGAAGGUAGUUUAUCAUCUGAGCAUGAGAAUGACAGAGAAGUUUCACAUAAUCCUGAGGAAGAUGUGCAUGAGAUUCAUGGCCACAAAGGUACUUUCUCUUCUGAGCAUGAAGAUGACAGGGAAGCUUCCCACAAGUAUGAGGGACACGUGCACGGGACUCAUGCACUCAGUACUUUCUCAUUUGGGCAUGAAGAUGACAGACAAGCAACACGCCAGUCUGAAGAGGAUGAGCAUGAGACCCAUGGCCACAAAGGUGCUUCCUCAUCUGGGCAUGAGAAAAACAGAGAAGUUUCACACAAUUCUGAGGAACAUGUGCUUGAGACUCACGGCCACCAAGGUAUUUUCUCAUCUGAACAUGAGGUCGAGAAAAAAGCCUCCCACAGGUAUGAGGGACACGUGCACGGGACUCGUGGACACAGUACUUUCUCAUUUGAGCACGAAGAUGGCAGAGAAGCAACCCACAAGUCUGAGGGGGACACACAUGAGACCCAUGGGCACAAAGGUACUUUCUCAUCUGAGCAUGAGAAUGACAGGAAAGUUUCACACAAUUCUGAGGGACAUGAGCUCGAGACUUACGGCCACCAAGGUAUUUUCUCAUCUGAACACGAGGGCGACAAAAAAGAUCCCCACGUGCAUCAGAAACAUGCUCAUGGCCACAAAACAACAACCUCUCCUGGGCAUGAGGAGGGGAAACAAGCUGAAACGAGAGUCCACCACAAGUCUGGGGACCAAGGCCAUCAAACAACCCCACCACAUGACAGCAAUGAAAGACAAGUUUCUCACAAGCACAUGCAUGAAACCCACAACAGUCACACAAACGAGCACGAGGAGGAGGGAAACCACGACAAAGUCGAUUCCGAGUCUGCGGACCGUCAUGGCCAUAGAACGGUAACUUCAUCCGAGCAGGAGGAAGACAGAGAAAGAGGACAUAAGAAAAGCACAGCAGCAGCCGGAAUGAGACACGGAGUUGGGGUUGGAGCUGGAGUGGGAGCCAGAGAGAGGCUCCUCAAACUUUUGAUGUCAGGACAGCCUGGGGCCAGACAUUUGUUUGGAAUCAUAUAUGAUGAUUUCAAAGACUGUGAAUGCUACGGACACUCCAACCGCUGCAGCUACAUCGACUACCUGAACAUUGUCACAUGCGUCAGCUGCAAGCACAACACCAGGGGCCAGAACUGCCAACACUGCAGACUGGGAUACUUCCGCAACGCCUCUGCUGAGCUGGACGACGAGAGCGUCUGCAUCGAGUGCAACUGCAACCAGAUGGGUUCCGUCCACGACCGAUGCAACGGCACGGGCUUCUGCCAGUGCAAAGACGGCGCCAGCGGGGCCAAGUGUGAGGACUGUCUGCCGGGAUACCACUGGAAGCAAGGCUGUUACCCCAACGUCUGUGACGAGGAGAUGCUCCGGUGCCAGAACGGAGGGACCUGCUCCCAGAACCAGAAGUGCAUUUGCCCCCCCGAGUUCAAGGGGGUGCUGUGCCAACAGUCGCGCUGCGAGGCGGGCAAGGACUGCAACGGCGCCCCGGCGUGGCGCCCCUCCGCGCUCGCCCCGCUGCUUUGCGCCCUGCUAGCCACGCUAAUACCCCACUGAGCCACGCCCCCCACCCUCACAGGCCGAGGUGUGUGUGUGUGUGUGUGUGUGUCGGGACGACCCAAAGGCGGAUGAGGCGCCAUCCCGGUCACGGACGGACCCGAGCCACUUGCACGGCAGCACUCAAUAAAGCUCACUGGCACUCACAACACUGAGGCCUGGCACACAAACGCGCACACGCACACACACACGCUAAAUCACAGGACUGACCCAGUGUGUGCUCAGGUGCCAGAUGGACAGAAAAGAAACAAGGCAAAAGAGAGAUGCAGGCUAAACUAUCAAUACAUAUAUAUAUAUAUAUAUAUAUAUAUAUAUAUAGUAUGAAUAUAUUAUCUAAUCAUACCAACCACUGUUCCCUUUAUUCCUGAGCAGGAGCAUCAUGCAUCGAACCAAAAAGCAGCGACACACACAUCACUACUCUUUCACUGGCUUCACACACACCAGGACGGCUUUCCUUUUCUCGCACCCCUCGUGAAGGCCGGAAGGACGAGCCCCGAGGAGGCCUGCGCGCUUCAUGAGAAUAAUAACAACCAGGUUUCAUUUCUUCUCAACCAAGACUUGGUUCGACAUCUACUCCAUUUCUGCUGCGUAUUGUUUUUUUUGGUUCAAAUGUUAUCUUCAGUCAAUGUAUCGAAUGUGCCCACUUCCAGUCGCUGAGAUUAAACAUGUUAUGUAAUAGCCAACGGGUCACGGCGGAUAGAAGAUGUAGUCACUCUUAUGGUUGCUAUGGGAACGAGCGAUUGCCAGCACCACACUUAUCUAGACUUUGACACAACAUAUAAACGACGGAGAGUAUCGAGCGAGUAUUGACAAUAUAUGGCAUUAUUUGAGUAUUUUUUGUAGAAAUUAUUUUUGUUUGAGGUUACAAUAAAUUAUGUAGAAAAAAAAAAUAUUUACAACAAUUCAAAGGAGCAUUUUCUUACGCCGGGUGUAAAUCUUGCAGUAAAUAUGACUGUUACUUGCCUUCUUUCUUGUACUUUCCACCCAUGCCACUAUCAUAUUUACGCGCUUUCCCACUUCCUGUCUGACAAUCACAAAUGACUGCUCUUCUGUGCGGGAAAACUACAGGUUGUUUUGUACGCCAAACCAAACAAAAGAGAGAGACUUUAUACACGAAUGGCGCCCUGGAGGUGGGAGCCGCUUUUCAGUUAGCACCAUGCUAACGUUUGGAAUUGCUCCAUCAUCCCAGGGACGUACGGCAAAUUUAAAGUAAGACCUCGGGGCCGUUUAUGCAUUUAAAUCAAAGAUCAUUCUAAAAACUGUGUCGCGCACAAAUGGGUAUGGAAAGAUUUAUUUUAAAAAAUGUAAAUAAAAAAAAAUUACAGGGCUUGAAAGUGUGAGGUAGUAAAAGAAUUGCAUUGUGGGUCGGGACAGCUUAUCUACAUGGCUGAAUGCAAAAUGCUAAAGUUUUGUUCUUUUCAUUAACUGCCGUGACAGGAUCAAACAUGACUUUUAAACGCCAUCACCUGGCAUGUGUUGGUGUGUUCACGGCAUUUUCACACUGGUACGUUUGAAUGGAAGCAUGUUUUAUUCAGUUACUCACUUGUAGCAUUUAGUAGACCGUUAGCAUUUGCCAAGCUGGCUUAGGGGCUACAAACAACGUACAGUCUUUGGGUAAAAAGUCUAUUUCCAAUACUCAUUCAUUUGUGCGCAGUGAUCAAAGUAUUUAAAAGUCUUUUUUUUUCUUUUUUUUUUAGGGAAACCUGCUUAUAAAAUGAGGCUUGGCACCCUCACCCCACCUUGGACAAAUAUGCGCUUUAACAGAUUUUGCAAUCUGAAAUUCUUCACCGAUAUAAAAACUGACUGUUGACGCGCUAUAGACUACGUAGUUUGUACAGAUAUGACUCAAUUCCAGCAAUUCUACUUUUUUUUUUUUGAGGUAGCGAGCCCUUGGAAUAGUACUGAGACAGUUUGUCUCAGUGCGAUCCCUUGAUUUUUUAUUUAUUUUGUACAAUUCAUUUUAACGUAGUUUGUCGCUCUCUCUCACAUGACCGUGGGUACAGUACAAAAGUUUUGGCCGACAAAAAUGGCUGCCGUGGCCCCACAAUGCAUUGCCAAGUUACGUGCCCUUUCGAGCCCUAUUGUUUCCACAUAAACACUCAAGCCAGUUCCUUUCUUCUGUUUAUGAUCACCUGUUAGCGAAUCUGUCAGAGUAACGCUUAUGAAUGUAGAGCAUUGUAAUGGACCGCGCUGUGAACCAGAAGAAAUAUUGUGUACUGACAAAAGAGUAGUGGCAGAAUGUAGCAAGACGCUAAGCUAGUGGUGCCCCGUGACUGGGAUAAACAAAUGUUCCUCUAUUGUACUUUCUUCUCACAAAAGAUACAGAUCGGUCUAAUAAAGGUGGAUAAAAUCAGCUAGCAUCAUUGCAAGUACAUAAGAAUGCUUCAGAACAGGGGUGUCCAAACUUUUUCCACUGAGGGCUGCACACUGACAAAUCACUGAAACAUUUUCAAAACCAAUACUGUAUAAUAUAUAUUUUUUGUUUUGUUUUUACCCUUAGAGCAUCCCUCAAGUUUGGUCCCGGAGACCUGAAAGGGUCUCAGUCAGAAAAAAUUAAAAAUCAUACUUUUUUUUAAUUUUUUUAAUUUCAUGUUUAAAAAAAAAACAAAAACCUAAAGUGAAGUAAAGUGAAUUAUAUUUAUAUAGCGCUUUUUCUCUCAAGACUCAAAGCGCUUUACAUAGUGGAACCCAUUAUCUACAUCUCUAAGCUACAUAUAUACAUUUAAACCAGUUUGGGUGGCACUAGGAGCAGGUGGGCAAAGUGUCUUGCCCAAGGACACAAUGGCAGUGACUAGGAUGGCGGAAGCGGGGAUCAAACCUGGAACCCACAAGUUGCUGGCACGGGAGCUAUAUCAACUGAGCCACGCCGCCCCAAUAUAAGUUAUAUUAUUUGUUUUUUGUUUUUUUUACUUUGAACGCUUAAGUCUCUCGAUCAACUGCAAAACUAUUUGUCAAUAUUAAGUUUUUUUGUUUGUUUUUUUCAUAGUUUAUGCUUUUUUUGUAAAAAAAAAAAAAUAGAAUACAAAAAAAUACAUUUCUCCCCCCCCCAAAAAAAAUUCAAAGUGGACUAUUUGGUGUGGAAUAAGUGCCUCCUUCAUAACAACAAUGAUUCUGAUUCAUUAUUAUUUUUUGAGCAAUGACAGUUUUUUAACUAAAAAAACAAAAUCCCGCUAAAAGUCUUGUGGUUUCAAAACGGCCCAUUCAUAAAAGUGUUAAAAAUAAGUCAUGCGUUAAUGUUUUGGGGGUUUUUUUUGUUUCAAUGCUUAAUUCUUUAGAUCAACUUCAGAUCUAUCUGUAGGUAUUUAUUUAUUUUUUCCAUGUUUUAUUUUUAUGCCUAAUAUGUAAUAUUUUCUCCAUAAAUAUUUCAAAGAGGAAUAUUUGAUUUGAAGUAUUUAGAGCAGGGGUGUCAAAGUCAAGGAAUAAAUUAUCUAUGGCCCCCGGGAUGAUAUUUGAUUAGUAUUAGAGCCGGCCCGCAGGCCACAGCAGCCUGCUGCUGUUUUGCACGCACAAAUACUCCAUCAGUGUUGGUGCUAGGAAUUUUCCAAAUGGGGUCCCAGGGACCCCAUCAAGUCAAAAAAAUGGGGUCCCACAGUAGGUUUUUGGGGUCCCACUUUUUUGUAACCGUUUUGAAAACAAAUGAUAAAUGUAUGCAUUAUCCUGUCAUAGCUCACAUUCUAUAUUGUGUUUUGGAAAAAGGUUGUCAUAAACAUUACUUAAUUCAUUAAAAAAAAAAAUAAUACAAAAGAAAACAAAUGUUUAUGCAUAUGUAAAUUUAUUCAGUUAUAAAGAUUCAUUCACUUUCUUCUUUCCUUCAUGGAUCUAAACUUUACCGCUGCCAGAGGUUUUUUCUAUAUUUUUAUUGUAAUAUUUUCAGAAUGUGUGAUCUAUUUUUGGCCAAAGUAAGACAAACAAAGCAAUUUGAAGUUAUCUUUAUUUUUUAGUUUUAAUGCCAUGAUUUUAAUAGUACGGUCCGCGUGUGCACAGAUUUUCCUCCGUGCGGCCCCUGGGCUAAAAUGAGUUUGACACCCCUGACUUAGAGCCUUGGAUAGGUGAACAUUGAUUUUGAUUAAUUAUUAUGUUUUAAGCUAAAUAAAAGGCAGAUUUGUGGUAUAAGGGUCCACAUUGCAACUUUUUCUCGUUACAAGUUUACUCUUUUAUCCCACUUGUGUUUUUUUUUAGUAAUAGUAAUAGUAAUAGUUUUGCGCCGCAAAUGGCCUGCGGGCCGUACUUUGGACACCCCUGCUUUAGAACUUCAGGGGUACAUGAGCAUUCCUAAAAGCUCACUUUUCGGGGCGUUAAGUAAUACUGCCCCCUUGUGGCCAGGCAAGUGACAAGCUAUUUGGCAGAAAUCUCCAGUAAGACGAUGGCAAUCAGUCGGGUGCAGAACGUCGACCUUAAAUUGGGUGUGCGAUCAUUUUUCACCGAAUAUUAUCUCAUCUUUAUUCAUGUAGUGUAGAUAAAAAGCAAGCAAAGAGAGUAUAUUGUUAAAUAUACAGGGAACACAAGGUUUUGCUAUUUCUGGAGUUGCCUUACAUUCUUAACGCUUUACUUCAGUGACGUGCGGCGAGGUUCAUGUUGAUAAAAAAGCUUGCACAAAAAAAUAAUAGUUCACUUUCGGGGAAAAAAAAAAAAAAAAAGACAACUUAAUUUGAGUGCCUAUUUGUAUAAGAAGUCCGUGCGUCUAUUAUGUGUGGCGUUAGUUAGGAAAGAACUACGGCGUCAACCAGUAAUGACGUCAUAGAGAUGGCGAAGAAUGAUUUGUUUUACUAGAGUAGGCUAGCAGGCACGUUGUGAAAUAAAGACGUGUUAAAAACACAGUUAGAUAGUUAAUAACACAACACCAUAUAUUAUCCAGGAAGUGCUCUGUUACUUUGUUGUAAAAUGUCUCCUUAUUUUCUUUCUUUUAGUUGAGCUUUUCCUCUCCGUAGAAAAAAGGCAGCUCACGUAGGCACUUUCAAAAUGAACCAUACCCUCUGCAAUGUUUUGUCCGAUUAUCCGUAAUAAUGAUGUAAAGACGUUACGCAGGAUGCGGAAAAUCAUGGUGUGUAAUAAAUGCUGCAGGAAACAUUAUAAUGGCGAAGAGGCAACUCACAAAUUUCAAUUUCAAUUUGGCGUGACACCGUUCGAUUAUUAAACGAUAACAAGAUUACCAAUGCACCUUUUCCCCAUACAGGAGGUCUUUUUCAACAGGGUAUACAGUGGAACCUCGAUAUACAAACUUAUUGGUUUUUGAACAUGGUUCGUAAAAAUCUAAACGUUUGUAUAGUGAAGCAGAAUUCCCCAUAUUAAGCCUCAACAAGUCACUAUUUUAGUAAAAAAUAAAAAAAAAUGCAAUGUAUGUAUGUAUAUAUA